AUGAUAGGCGUUGCUAUUGUGUUGUAUGGAGGAGACGUCUCCGUGCAGAUUCGCGUGCGCGUCGAUGAUCUCACGAGCUUCACGGCUAGAGGAUCCUCGAGGACGAGGAAGGAGGCAGAGCGGCAGUGCGCCAUCGACGCCUGCUUCCAUCUCAAGGACCUAGAUCUGCUACGGUUGCCCGAAGAAGCAGCGCCUCAUCUUGCUGCUAUCUUAGGCAGUGGACCCGGAUCAAGUGGAAGGGGAGGAGGGGGGGGAGGAAGGGGUGGAGGGGGUGGAGGGGGAGGGAGUAGUGGUGGGCUGUCGUCCGUGUGGGCGGAGAGCCCCAAGAACUUUCUGCAGCACUGUCCGGUGUUCAAGGACUGGAUCGUCAACAAGGGAGGGAAGCUCAAUAUCCGGGUUUCCUCUGCAGGCCCUGACCACGGCAAGGUGUUCUAUGCGGAGCUGGAUGUGCCGUUGGGGAGGGGGGCCGGAGCGCAGGUGUGGGUGGCGAGGGGGAGGGGGCGCAACAAGGCGGACGCGGAGAGGAGCUGCUGCGUGGCUGCGUGUGAGCGCCUGCACGAGCUGGGGCUGCUCAAGGCACCUUCCUCCUCCAACCUUGCUGCCCUGGGAGGGCAGAGCGGUGGUGGAGGCAUGCUGACCAAGGAUCAGGGACAGCUGGGGCUGCUCAAAGCACCUUCCUCCUCCAACCUUGCUGCCAUGGGACAGAGUGGUGGCAGUGCUGGCAUGCUGGCCAAGGAUCAGGGACAGAUCCCCCGCCUCUCUCUCAACCCAUCGGACAUCGCCCUUCUAGAGGACGUGCUCUCCGAGUUCCACUCCAGCCUGCUGUUGACGUGCCUCACAUGCAUUCCCCUUUCCCGAUUCCCCCAUUCUCCCAUUCACCUCUUCUCUGUCACCCCUCAACCCAUCGGACAUCGCCCUUCUAGAGGACGUGCUCUCCGAACCCCGCGCCUCACCCUCGACCCAUCGGACAUUGCCCUUCUAGAGGAUGUGCUCUCCGAAUUGGCUGCUGAGAGGAGGAGCGCGGCAAGGGAGAUGGAGGACAGGUGGAGAGCGAGGGAGAGGCUGCCAGCGUGGAAGGAGAGGGAUGCAGUGGUGCGCAUGGUGCAUGCAAACCCAGUGUCGCUCAUUGUUGGAGAGACUGGCUGUGGCAAGACCACCCAGGUCCCUCAGUUCAUUCUGGAAGACUCGGAGCGAAAUGGCACUGCUAGCAGCACACACAUUAUAGUCACCCAGCCUCGCAGAAUCGCAGCUCUGAGUGUGGCAGAGCGUGUGGCAUGGGAGAGGGGCGAGGCGUUGGGCGACAGUGUGGGGUACCGCAUUCGGCUGGACAGCAACCCGCCCAGGGCCAGAGGCAGCAUCCUGUUCUGUACUGUCGGCAUCCUGCUGAGGCGAAUGCAGAGUCCAGAGGGCAUGGAGGGGGUGAGCCAUGUGAUAGUGGACGAGGUGCAUGAGAGGGACAUGGACACCGACUUCCUCCUCAUCGUGCUCAAGCAGAUGCUCUCCUCCCCCACCGUGCCCUCCCGUAUCCGCGUGGUCAUUAUGAGCGCCACCAUCGAUGCCGAUCUCUUCACCUCCUACUGCCACCACUGCCCCAUGCUCGCCAUCCCCGGGUUCAUCCACCCGGUCUCAGUCUACUCUCUGGACGACCUCCCUUCCCUCAUGGGCCGCCACGUGCCAUCAGUGCUGCGCCAAGCGCUGCACCCCAAGUACGGGUGCGCUGACGAGGACGAGCUCGAUGCUGAGCUGGCAGCGAGGGUCGUGGCGUGGGUGGAUGAUGAGUGUGCGAGGGAGGACGGGUCGAUUCUCUGCUUCCUGCCCGGGUGGGACACGAUAGCCGAAGCCAAGCGCCAGCUGCAGUUCCUUCCGGGAUCGUACCGCUUCCACAUCGUGAUGCUGCACUCCCAGGUGCCACCAGCGGAGCAGAGAGCAGCCUUUGACCGCCCUCCAGAGGGGAAGCGCAAGGUGAUUCUAUCGACCAACAUAGCGGAGACGAGUGUGACGAUAGACGACGUGGUGUUUGUGGUGGAUGGCGGCAAGUCCAAGGAGAAGUACUUCGAGCCCGCAAGGAACAUCUCCUCCAUGCGCGUGCAGUGGGCGUCCAAGGCGAGUGUGAAGCAGAGGCAGGGCAGAGCUGGUCGCGUUCGCCCCGGGAGAUGCUUCCGCCUCUUCACUCGCUCGGUGUAUGAGGCCAUGGCGCCCAACUCUGUCCCUGAGAUGCAACGCGUCCCUCUGGAGGAAAUCUGCCUGCAGAUCAAACCCCUCCCUCUCGCAGCCGCCGUCACUGCCCACCCCUCUUCCUCCUACCCCUCCUCCACCACCGCCCAUCGCAGCACCAACAUCGGUCUCUUUCUUGCAAAGGCCCUCUCUCCCCCGGACCCUUUUGCUGUUCGCCACGCCAUCGAGAAUCUCCAGAGGCUCGGCGCGCUGGAUGAAGAUGAAGAGCUCACAGCCCUUGGAUCGACCCUCAGCCGGCUCGCUGUGCACCCUCGGAUCGGCAAGAUGUUGGUGUAUGGGUCCCUGCUGCACUGCCUCUCUCCCCUCCUCUCCGUCGCUGCGGCUGCUUCCCUCUCUCGCGACCCGUUCCUCUCCCCCAUUACCAACCGCAACGCCGCCGACGCUGCGCGCCGAGCCUUCGCGACAGGCUCGGCGGCCGGGAGCGAUCAUCUAGCUGUGGUGAUGGCGCAUGAGGGGUGGAUGAGAGCAAACGCAGAGGGGCGGGCGAUGGGGUAUUGUGAUGAGAAUUUCUUAGCGCCGUCCGGGAUGCGGCUUAUGCUGGGGCUGAAAAUGCAGAUUGAGAGGAUGUUGUGGGGGGCUGGGCUGGCCCAAUUAGGAGAGUCUCUUGAUGCUGAUCUGCCGCCUAAGGCUCAGGCUCAGGCGCAGGGAGCUGGUGCAAGGGGGAUGGUGGGGCAGAGGAAGGAGACAGGGGUUGGAGGAGGACGAGGGGUGGAAGGGAGGUCUGGCAGUGGUGGUGGUGGUGAUGGUGGUGACGGUGCUGGUGGUGGUGUCGGUGGUGGGGUAUCUUCACUGAGUGUGGCAGAUGAGCGCAUGGACGAGCAGAUGGACGGCCGAGAUUACCCGCCGGGUCCCGACAGAGCCAAUGCUGCUGCAUCUGAACCGCACAUCGAUGACACCGACGAGUCAUCGCUCUUUAUCGCUCGCUCAGUGCUGGUUGCGGGUCUGUCUCCCCAUGUAGCCCGCUCGGACAUGCUCCCGGAAGCCCGGGGCGGCGCCGGUUCCGGCAGCAGCAGCGGCGGGAAGCAGAAGGUCCGGCUGAGGUUCGGGUUCCGAACCUCCGAGGGUCGGGUGUGGAUCCACCCGACUGGGGUGAUCCCGCAGCAGGGCAAGGCGUUGGACGAUGGGGGAGUGCAUUUUCUGACGUUUAACGAGCGUGUGCAGACCUCUCAGGUGUUUAUUCGUGGCUGCACGCUCAUCCCUGCUCUCUCUAUCGUCCUCUUUGGAGGUCCUAUCCAGCUUGCCCCUGCCCCAUCUCCGUUUCUACCCCUGGGAGGGGCUUUUCCCUCUGGGAAUCCAUACGGUGCUGCUGCUGCUGGCGCCUAUGGGUUUGGGUCCUCCUCGCUGGCGUCUCAGCCGGUUCUGCUCGUUGUGGACCGUUGGAUCGAGUUUGUGGUGGAUCGGCAUGUGGGAGAGCUGCUGGUGCAGCUGCGGGCGGUGCUGGAUUCGAUUCUGGGGAGGUGGGUGGCGGGAGGGCCGCGGCCGGCCAAUGAGAGGCGAGUGGUGGGGUGUGCCGUAAGGCUGCUGGAGCAAGCAGGGAGAGCGGCUGUACGGGAGCUGGAAAAUGCUGAGAAAAACGCAGCUGAUACCGCUGGUGCUGGUGCUGGUGGCUUUGGUGGUGUUGCUGGUGCUGCUGGUGGUGCUGGUGGUGCUGGUGGUUUUGGCGGUGUUGCUGGUGCUGGUGGUCCGGUUGGUGCGAUGGGAUCGUUAGGUGGCAUGGUGUCAGCUGGUGGUGGUGCUGUUGCAGUUAGGGUGAUUGAUGAUGGUGAUCGAUGGAUGUCAGGAGGUGGUGCUGGUGGUGGGGAUUGGAGGGGGGGUGGUGCUGCUGGUGGGGGGGAUUGGAGGUCUGGUGGUGCUGCAGGGGCGGAUUGGAGGGGGGGCGGUGCUGGUGGUCGUCAUGAGCCUAGUCCUCGUGGGUAUGGUGACCGAGUCUCAAGGGAUGGGUCUGGGUAUAGAAGGUAG